CUGAUCGCUAGGGGGCGUCAAAGCUCAAGAAUAAUAUGAAAGAAGCUGGCUUAUGAUUAUGUUAUAUAGUUUACUGUUUACUUAAUUCUAAUUUGAAAUGACUACCAUUCGUCCAUUCACGUGUGAUGACAUGUUUCGCUUCAAUAAUGUAAAUUUAGAUCCUUUAACAGAGACAUAUGGUUUAUCCUUUUAUCUUCAAUAUCUUGCUCACUGGCCAGAAUAUUUUCAAGUUGCAGAAGCUCCAAAUGGUGAUAUAAUGGGUUACAUAAUGGGAAAAGCAGAAGGACCUGGAGAAAAUUGGCAUGGACAUGUGACAGCCCUCACUAUUGCUCCAGAGUACAGAAGAUUGGGCCUGGCAGCAACAUUAAUGGCUGGUCUGGAAGAAAUAUCAGAGAAAAAAAGAGCAUACUUUGUAGAUCUCUUUGUUCGAGUUUCAAAUAAAGUUGCUGUGGCAAUGUACAAACAGCUAGGAUAUAGAGUGUAUCGACGAGUUCUGGAGUAUUAUUCUGGAGAUCCUGAUGAAGAUGCAUUUGAUAUGCGAAAAGCACUUUCUCGGGAUGUCCAUAAAAAGUCAGUGAUUCCAUUACCUCAUCCAGUUCGACCCGAAGACAUUGAAUGAUGACUUCAGUUGGAAUCGGAUUGAAAUAUGACAGAGAGGCAGUCUGAAUCACUUUAAAGAUUCAAACCUCCUCUCUAAUGUCAUAUUUCAGUACUGAUUAUCAAAUUUUGUUCAACAUCUCAGAACUGAGUAAAAUAUGUUUUGCAUUAAAUUUUUUUUAAACAGUUGUUACCAGGAUAACCUAUUUUAUCUUUAGUUACAAAAAUCUGAUGGAGAACCCAUUGAUCAUGAAGAUUUACUGUCGGUACUGAAUGUAAAAGCCAGUUUCAGCUUUGUCUUCUGAAUCGCUUUUCUUUUUUUGUAUGCAAACAAUAGGAAAAAAUAGGUCUGCUCAAAAAUUACAAUAAGAGAUAAGAGCUUUUUUUAAUAUGAUAUUGGCAGUAAAGUUUCUACGUAUGUUAAGUUUAAAAUAAAGAGUGUUACUAACAGUUAGAAUUAUGAUAAUAUUUGAAUUGGAAAUGUACAUAAAAUGUAAGAAAAAAGGAGAAAGCAAUAGAGCGAUAUAAUAUUUAUAUGGAGUUGCACUCUUUCAACACAAACGACAGUUUAAAACUUCACGAUUUAAAAACUGAUAAGAAAAAAGGUGUCUAUAUGACUGUUCAGUGUUUUUCACUUGUAUUGAAUGUUUUAAAUGAAUCUGAAAGUUUUAAUAAACCACAUUUUAAUGUUCUUUAAACUUUUAA